AUGGAGGCUGUGCUAGAGAGUGACGGUGAAAUAAGAGCCGCCUUUCAUGACUUACCGGUGACGUCUAUCAAACAGACAGCCUCAGAAGGUAUCUUUCACGGAACUCCCAGAAACACCAACAAAGCCACCAAGAACAAUUGCAUGAACCGGCCUGAUAAAUCUGAUUCGAUGGCUCUGAAAGUUGGCCCCAAAGCCUCAUCUGCAGGCGGUUCGGUGCAAAGGAAAGAAACUCCUGAAAGUGGUGGACAGAGCUGCUACCGGGCAGUGUGCCAGAUACCUCCCAUUGGACAAUUUCAUGCAACACCUAGAAUGGUGUUCUCCACGGCUCGCUCCCUAGAAGCCUCCUCGAGAGCAAGAUGUCGUCGAAGGCAGCUUUACCACCAGCAGAAGCCUGACUGUGGACCAAGUCAAGUGACCAAGGUAGACACUCCGAAUUGUCAUGUUGUUCAGCACAAACAGACACGGGGCGACUUGAGAUAUGUAUAUCGGGAACAUGAUCAAGCUCGGGAUUGGGACCCGUCAGCUAAGAAGAACGGUACUGACCCCAGUUUCGAGAGGAUCAAAUACGUUUACAAAAGCACCGACGACACUGUGGAGCCUUUAAGAAUAGAAGAUUUAGAAGACAAGAUAGGACGCUUGACUAUUGCUUUGGAGGACAGACCAUUGAGAGCUGUCAGUCCGGGCGUUGAAGAAGCCUAUAUGCGAGGAGAGCCUCUUACUCCUCCCGAGAUCGAGUUUUCUGAAUACAGUGAGGAAGACGACUACUGGGCCUGGGAUCAGAAUACUCAAUUGUUCAGGCACUGGGAUGAGGACUUGGGAGAAUGGGUUAGCUUUCCCGAGAGGUUUGACUGA